UACACCGAGCUGCUGCUGCUGCUGAAGCAUCUGCAGCACUGCUCGUCUGUUUCUCUUUCAAUCCAGAUGUCAGACGCUGAAGACUGCCACCAUCACUAUCACUAACACUGCUGAGGAUGUGUGCGAGUAAUCGGAGUGUGCGAGCACAGGACGGAUGGAUGUAAUAAAGGGAGCAAUCGCACCGAGGAGGAAGAGAAACCAUGACAGGCAUCCUGAUCCCCUGACGAUUCUCCAGGAUGCAGUCAUAGUUUGAGGCCGGACAUGAUUUUAAUCUUUGGAGUUGCUGUAGUGGAUGCGGGACGAUGUGCGCCGCACCCCGAGACAUAUUAAGAGGAGCACAGCUUGGUCCUUGCAUGCAUCUCAGCGGAUUUUUCUCGGACUGUGGCGCACAGUGAGCAUCUUGUUGUUGUGUUUUUUUUUUUUUUCUCUUUUGAGCAGGCAGGGACUGUUUGUGGGACCUUCUCAUGUGGAGGGAUUGUGCUGCUGUACCCGGAGGCAUCAUUUGAGCACUGUUGCUCUGACCCAAAGAGGAGAAACCAGGGCAGAGCUGCUCACCUGGUCAUCUCAACACACAAUAAGAACUUGUCAGCAUGGCUGAGAAGACCCUGGAGCCAGGCUCGGUCAGCAUCCCCAUGGAGGAGACCAAACUCCCAGGUGGAGCUCCUCAGGAGGCGCCGCUGCUCACCCACCUGAAGAAAGUAGAGAACCACAUCACCGAGGCCCAGCGAUUCUCCCAUCUCCCACGCCGCUCAGCUGUGGACCUGGAGUUCAAUGAGCUCUCCUAUACCAUCCGCGAGGGUCCCUGGUGGAGGAGGAGAGGUUAUAAAGCACUCCUCAAGUGUCUGUCGGGAAGAUUCAACAGCAGAGAGCUGAUUGGCAUCAUGGGGCCUUCAGGAGCCGGGAAAUCCACUCUGAUGAAUAUUCUGGCAGGGUACAGAGAGACGGGUAUGAAGGGUCAGAUUCUGGUGAACGGGCGACCGAGGGAUCUGAGGACCUUCAGGAAGAUGUCCUGCUACAUCAUGCAGGACGACAUGCUGCUGCCACACCUCACUGCGAGGGAGGCCAUGAUGGUUUCUGCCAAUCUGAAACUGAACGAGAGCAUGCAGGUUAAGAAGGAGCUCGUUGAUGAGAUCUUGACUGCUCUUGGUCUCCUGGAAUGCGCUCAGACACGCACCAGCUGUCUCUCUGGGGGUCAGUGUAAACGACUCGCCAUCGCCCUCGAGCUGGUCAACAAUCCUCCUGUCAUGUUCUUUGAUGAGCCUACUAGUGGUCUGGACAGCGCAUCGUGCUUCCAGGUCGUCUCCCUCAUGAAGUCUCUGGCUCAGGGCGGACGGACAAUCAUCUGCACCAUCCAUCAGCCCAGUGCUAAGCUCUUUGAGAUGUUUGAUAAGCUGUACAUCCUCAGUCAGGGUCAGUGCAUAUACAAGGGCACCGUUCCUUACCUCAUCCCAUAUCUGAAGAACCUGGGCCUCCACUGCCCCACGUAUCACAAUCCUGCUGACUUCAUCAUUGAGGUGGCGUCUGGAGAAUACGGGGAUCUGAAUCCAGUGCUGUUUGAGGCAGUCCAGGGUGGUCUGUGCUCCGAGGAGGGAAAGAAGAACUCCAGAGAUAAAAGUGACUCCUCCUGUCCUUCUCAGUGUCACAGUGACACAGGAACCCUUGAGAAACACAGCUUUGCCACCAGUACAUUCACACAGUUCUGCAUCCUCUUCAAGAGAACCUUCAUCACAAUAUGCAGGGACAUGGUGCUGACCCACCUCAGGGUGAUGUCCCAUCUGUGUAUCGGAGUUCUGAUUGGCUUACUUUAUCUCAAAAUUGGAAAUGAUGCCAGUAAGGUGUUCAACAACACUGGCUUCCUCUUUUUCUCCAUGUUGUUCCUCAUGUUUGCUGCCCUGAUGCCCACCAUCCUAACCUUUCCCCUGGAGAUGUCUGUGUUUAUAAGAGAACAUCUCAACUACUGGUACAGCCUGAAGGCCUAUUACCUGGCCAAAACCAUGGCUGAUGUACCGUUCCAGGUGAUCUGCCCCAUCAUGUACUGUAGUAUAGUGUACUGGAUGACUGAGCAGCCUCCAGAAGCAGGUCGUUACCUCCUCUUUAUGGCCUUGUCCACAUCCACAGCACUGGUAGCUCAAUCCCUCGGCCUGCUCAUAGGGGCUGCAUCCACAUCUCUGCAGGUUGCAACCUUUGUGGGUCCAGUCACAGCCAUACCUGUGCUCCUCUUCUCUGGCUUCUUUGUCAAUUUUGACACCAUUCCCAAAUACCUUCAGUGGAGCUCCUAUGUCUCCUAUGUCAGGUAUGGCUUUGAAGGGGUGAUACUCUCCAUCUAUGGGAUGAACCGGUCAGAGUUGGAGUGUCCAGGUCUGGCGUGUAAGUUUCAAAAGCCAGAGGAGGUCCUGCAGCUGCUGGAUGUGGAGGAUGCUAAGCUGUAUGUAGACUUCAUGGUGCUGGGGGUUUUCUUCCUGAUCCUCAGACUGGCUACUUAUCUGGUUCUGCGUUACAAAGUCAAGUCGGAGCGUUAAGAUGACCAGAAGCAACCACGAAUGGACUUGAACGCUUGCACAUAUCCUGGCAGUGUGAGAUUGAAGCAAUCAUAUAGUCUCUUUCUUUGUCUUUACUUCAUAUACAUGUACAAAGACAAACACAAGUCACAAAGAUGUGCUGCAACAUUACCCAAACUGUACAGUAUGAUAUCAUCUCUGAAAUGGUUUGUUAUACAAGACGAAGGAAAGUCCAGACUGUGGAUUGUUUGUCUGCCCAUGCUCAUUGUUGGUCUGCCAGGAGGAAGUAUUUUUCAGAUUUCCAUUACCCUCCAAAAAUAUGUGUAUCUGCACCGUACAUGCACAGAAUAUCCAAAAAAUUACCGAAAGCAUGUUUUUUCAGACUGAGAAAUCUGGAGUUGAACUUGUUUGGUGAUGAAAGUGCCACAUGAAUCAUGAGCUAAAGCAUCCAGGUAUUGGAGGAGCCAUUUAAACCAUCCUGGUGCAGGAGUGUGCCAUGACUGGAAGCUUCUCAGUGCAAUCCCUUAAAAGUAAUCCAUCCAUCAAGAUGCCCCAUGGGCAAGAUUUCCACUUUUCUUAAAGGAAGUGGAUCCUUUCAACAGCAGAGAAUAUUUGUAAAGCUUCUUGCUUUACAGAAGGAUCAUACCAUCAGGAAUCCUGACCAAGAAGCUGAACACGAUGUGUUUUCUUUCUGGAAAACCAUAAAACAAACCGACUGCCAGGGAAUGACUGUCCAUGCUUUCCUUCUGUAGUGCAGAUUGCUUUUGUCAGUCUUCUGCCCUACUACUGAUGGAUGGGCAUGGAUAAAAUGUUUGUUAAAGGUUCAGUCAAGCAGAAUGUCCUAUAAAGACUGGCAAGAGUUUACUCAUAAAAAGGCCUAGUUUUCCUUAAUGCUCCUGGAUAAACAACUUUGUUUCUACCUAAACUUGUGAAGCAUUCAGUCGUUUCGGAGCAAAAUGUGAAAACAAGCAUGACUGCUGUUCCCAGCCUGAUAUAGAGGGCUGUCUUCUUACCGGGUCAACAAGAGAGAGGUGUUUUAGGUGAAGUGCAAUAGUCUAUUGUAUGGGUAAAAAAGUGUUUGUCUCUCUUUAGACCCGUUUCUUUGAACUGCUCGUUUCCACUCUUUCGCUGCCUCCUCUCUGAGCUGCAAAAAGGAAAUAUCCCUCCUCUCUCUCCCUCUUUCCUUCUGCUUUGCUGAUGUCUGACCGAUGUGUGUUGUCCAAAACAAUGCUAGAUACUUGAAUUGCAGGCUGGGCAGUUUUUGUGCCUCUGAUCUAGAAUGAUUUCAGUUUCCUCGGCUUUAUUGUUUGCACAGACAGUACACCUUAUUGCAACCUACAUUCUGCACACACAUAAGUGCAUAUACAGUACAUACACAUAAACACAUACACACCCUGACAAUGUUAAGAAGAGCCUCUCCUUGUCACAGGGCAAUGCAAAUAUUUUCAAAUAGACUUGCUAUGAAAUAUUUCUUACUCAGACUAUGCUACUUAGUAAUCCUUAUUAUAAUGCAUAAAAUAAUGUGAGUAUAUAAUCAAUGAUUGUACAGUGAAUAUGUCAUGCCGUAAACAAAUGUACAUUUGCACUUUCAAUGUCUGUUUAUUCUUUUUUAAUUUAUUUGUAUUUAAUUUUAUUUUUAUAUAUCUAUGUGAUAAGUGCUGCUUGAGAGUAUAAUGGGAAAACAGCAACUGAAUGUUGCAUGUUCACUUAUGGAAUGAAAUUACUGAAAUACUACAUUUCAGGGUAAAGCAUAGCGGUUUUAUUUCCUCAUGCAAAUGUAUGUAUCCUGCCAUGUUUGAGGAGAUGGGAAACCUCUGCUUUCUGCUGAACAUUUUCGAAAAGCGUGUCAGAUGUGUAGAUAAAAAUGAAGGAAUCAGGAAUGAGGUGGCAAAGAGGAGGGCAAGGAUAGACAUUCAACCAAAUGUAUUCAAGUGUAGCUGAGAAAUCACAAUGCAGAUCUCUGUUUACUAAUCUCCAAACUAGUCAGCAAUCAUCAUCUUUCAUCACCUUAUGACAGUAUUGGAGCUUUUCCACUAAGUGGUGCUGGCAUGACUUGUCUUGACUCUACAUGUCUUUUAAAAUCUCCAUUAAGGACCAUACCUGGUACUUUGCUUUAUCGCUGUCACCGCUGCGGAAGUUCCAAGUGAGCUGUGCCACUACUAAAAUGUGAUUAGUACAUUCACUUUGUUAAACCGCAUUUAUUGCAUGCUUUAUUGUCUCUCUCAAUACACUUUAGUUAAGCCCCUGCAGUGUCUCCCUGCAGCCACAGUGAUGUAAAAUAAGACCACUGCUGCUCUGUAAUGCCUGUCAGUGGAUAAUUCAAAAGUCAUCUGCACCUUGUGUUAUCAAAUAUUCACCUUUUUAGUGUUCCCAUAUUUUCUUUUCAAUCUAUAACAAAUUCCUUUUUCUGUGGUUGAGUUCAGGGUUAGGUUUGGCUUUCAAAAUUAAAACAGUCCUGUACCCUGACAAGAAGUCAA